AAUGCAUUAGUUUGCGCAUCGUUCAUAAACGCAAACCGAAGCGUUAAUUUGAUCGUGUCUGUAUUCGUGGUGCACAAUUAUGACACUCGUAAGCCUAAGCACAAUUACUAGCCGAUCUAAACCUCGACAAUGUUCAUUGAUUGUUAGCUAUGACAGGGUACAAUUAUUACUCCACGCGUUCAUUUCCUCCUGCCAAAGUGAAACAGUGCGUUAAAGUGCAUAUAAAUGGAAAAUCUUAACAGUUUGUCGAAGUCUUCGCAUCCGAACCAUGUCCGAUAGACACUGCUGGUUAGUGUUGGCUUCUAGUGCAAUGUGUUUUGUAGCAUGAGCGUAUCGGUGCUGGUAUCGUCUUUAGUGGUGUUAUUUUGCGUACAGUGUUUAAUCGAACAUAUUGAUGGAGCAAUGACCAUGAAACAGCUAACCAACUCGAUGGAUAUGAUGCGGCAAGCGUGUGCUCCAAAAUUCAAAGUUGAGGAAGCGGAGCUACACGGUUUAAGGAAAUCGAUUUUUCCUGCCAACCCAGAUAAAGAGCUCAAGUGUUAUGCUAUGUGUAUUGCACAAAUGGCAGGAACUAUGACGAAGAAGGGUGAAAUCAGCUUUUCGAAAACGAUGGCUCAAAUCGAAGCGAUGCUACCGCCCGAAAUGAAGACUAUGGCAAAGGAAGCGUUAACCCAUUGUAAAGACACACGUAUGUACGAUGUAGUAUUUCUAUCUCUUCUUUCUCGAACAGUGGUGCUUUACAUAUUUUGCGGAUCCUCUUUUCAGAAACCUCAUACAAGGACCCGUGCGAUAAGGCUUACUUUUCAGCUAAAUGUGCCGCCGAUUUUACCCCCGACACCUUCAUGUUCCCAUGAUUAAUGAACCCGAUAAUUGAUGAUCUGCGCCCAAAGGAAUAUAUAAUGAGUGCUAUCUACUGUUGAAACUAUCCGUAUCCUUCCCUUAUUAGAGAAUGUUUCGAUGAAGAUGUUUACUGUUUGUGUGUUUAGUUUGUGCACCAAUCACGGUUUGGAAUUACUUUAUAGGUAGUAGAUUAAACAAUAAAGCUUUAUUCAUUAAGAA